AUGGCGACUACAACACAGCAAACAACAAACGUGUUGGCGAAAAAGGCAGGCAUCAUGUCAAAAGCAGAAUUCGACCGCAUAAAAGCAAAGAUACUUCAGAACAACCUUGUCGACGAUACAAAUGAUCCAGCAUCACGACUUCAAAAGAUGGCUCUAGAAUGCGUGCAAGACGUAAAGGAAAGACUUGCUUACAUAACAAAACGACGAGAGGAAAGAGCUUUGGCCGAAGAAGAAAAGAUUGCAUCUUUUGCAUCAGCAUUGGCAGAAAGAAAUGCAGUAAAAGAGGUAGAAAAGAGCACAAAGCAAGGUCAAAAAGCCCACAGAACGAGAAUAGAAGAAUGGAGAGAUGAAGCCAAAAACCAAAGCAUUGUGGACACCUACCCCCUGGAAUUCGUACCACAGAUCCGCCCAGUCAAACGAACCUUGGACUUUACUUCCUCGUCACCUUUCGACAAUAGCUCGCUGAAAACACCAGUUAACAAGCGGAUUAAGACGACAACAGCACAAGACCCUUCCUCAUCCUCAGCAAUAGCAGCACCACCCACAAGCAGCAAACGAUCAGUACCCUGGCUCAGCACACGCGCAUCAAUGGACAACGAAGACAUCUUCGAAGACCACGAUCACGCACAUCCAGAUCAAGAGAUACGGCUGAAAGAAAAGCUCGACGAAGAUGACGGUCAAGAAGAUGCAGAUGAGGAAAUGGAUGACGAGGACGAUGAGGAUGAUGACUUAUUCUCCGAGGGCUCCUAUCUUACGCAGCAAGAGCAGUUGUUGGCUGUGGAAUUGGCAAUGGUUGGGGUGAUGACUGUUGUCUUGCCUCAACUGAUGGAGCAGAGGAAUCGAUGA